GUUCCUGUCGCCUGCGCACCCGGGCCAAGGCGCAGGUAAAGGGUUACCCUUGCCUGGGAGGCUCGCCCGCUCCCCGUCCACGUGACGCGCCGGCCCAAUGACCGUAGCCCGGGCUGAGGCUGCAGCGCGACAGGCUCCGGGCGGCGCUGACCCACUCGCGUGUCCCAGCGCGGACGCCCGAGGCCCGCGAAGCCAUGGGCGCCGCGACUCUGGAGCCGCCGCCCCGCCGCAGGAAGAACAGUUUAACACCCAGAGAAGCCUAAUGGACAAGCUCCCCAGCAGAUGGUAAUGAAAAAUAAUCCAGAUGGGGUGCAGGUGUUGUAAGAUGAUACAAAGCUAUCUCUUUGAUCCAGUUCAAGUGCCCUCCCCUGGUUUUGUCAAUGAAGUAAACAACUGCAAGUUGGGGGAAGAUGACACUGUCAGACUAAAAGGUACCCAGAACAGUGAGGUUGAGGUGCCCAGGAAUGCCCUGCACAGCGGGAGCCUGAGCACAGGCAGUACAACUGGUCUACCUCACCAAGGACCGCUCCCCCAGGAGGACUCGGAAGAGAGACCCUAUGUGGAGAAGCAGGGUAUCGUCAAUGGCAUCAGCCCCACUGCUACCCUGCAGUCCGUCAGGAGUUCCAGGCUCCACCAGGUCGACAAUAGCUCCUGGGCCAGCAGCCCCUGGGUAGCCACCAUAGACAGUGCUCACCCGGCUCAACCCUUCCUCGAAGGAGAAGACUACNNGAAGCAANGCUGCCUGCUGCCCACCUUGGAAGGGACCCAGAUAGUGGGACAUGGAGACUGCAGAGCCCCUGCGGAGGCCUUGGCAGUGGCAGAUCACAUCCCAUACAUACCAGCCCCAGAUUACCCCCAGCUCUGGAGCCCCGCAGCAGACAACGCAGACCCUGAAGAAAAGGAUCAUCUUUUUGAAAACCACUCUGAGGUGGAGCCCCUUCCGGGAGUUCACCCCAGGGUGAGCCAGCAGGGCUUGAGCGUGCCCUUCUCCCUGAAGAGAAGCUGGGACUCACUGAAUGAGGCAGGGACAACAGAAGUUCUGAGUGACUCCUUCAAAGAGGAGGAUCCCACUCACCCUAUGCCAGUGGCCGAUUCUGGAAGUGAGCGGGAAGACCCCCACACCUACAAUGGGGACAGGGAGGGUGCUGUGGUAGAUGAGGAUGCUGAGGUGGCAGAAGCCCUCGCGGCAUUAGAAGCUGCUACCGCAGGAGAAGAUGCAGAUGAUGCCGAUUAGGGGAGGCACGGUGAGGUGAGGAGAGGUGAGGGAGCUGCAGUUACAGGGAGCAGAUAGAAGCAUGUGCCCACUCUGCCAGCAUGCCCCUGCAGCCUUACCAGUUGGACCAGUUGUUUACAUCUGUUAUCUUCCCAUUGCCAGUACCUGUGCCAUGCUGCUUGCUGUAUACGGCAUCCUUCUACUCCGAAUGCAUUCAGAAUGCUAGCAUCAAAAUAAGAGUGGGCCUUCAUGUCCAUGACCACAAGUCCGGAAGUUAAGCAGCUUGCAUGCUGGCCCUGAAAGCGCCCCCAGAAACAUCCGUCCAGAUGUUCAUGAGAAUGCCUGGACAUCCCCACACUUGAUCCCAGGGGCCAUUCUAUUUGAAUGUAUUUCUUUACCUUGUUUUUAAGAGCCAAAUACUUCACCCAACCUAGAAAAGGUAACUAUCCACUUAAAGUGCCUACUGUGUGCCAGAGCUUAACUUCAGGGACAGUCACCCAGGGAUCUACUAACUAACCACUUGUUGAACAUCAAGUGCCCUUCAGGGUAGAGCAGACUUGACCAGUGCUCCGCUGUGCUAGGAGAGCACCCCGACCUUAACUUUUUUUUUUACACUAUUACUUUUUAAUCUCCUUUGGGAUAUGGGAGGCUGGCCAAAAAUACUUCUUAAAACUAGCAUCAUGUUCUAGGUUCGAGUUCGUGAGUGUUUUGGAACAACCUAGUCAUUUAUGAAGGGAUCUGUGUCAUUAAACGUCUGGUUCUCA